AUGCAUAGAGCAAUAGUGUCCGGCUGCGUCCUGCGUCCACUAAAGACACGCCCACCUCUCGCUCGAGACACGCCCUCUCGAGACACGCCUACCGGCGGUGGUCUAAGAGUGAAGAGGGAGUGCAGCCACAUUUCAGAUAGAGUCUGUGAGCCUCUAGAAGGAUACUACUGUACCGACCCAAUCAAAGAUGCCUGCCAAGGAGCUGUGGAACACACAAAAUGCAAACCAGGACAGUUCAUCCAACAGAAUGGUACAUCCUACUCAGACACUGUGUGUGGUGACUGUGGUAACAACACAUACUCAGAUGGAUCGUUCACAUUCUGCAAACCGCACACACAGUGUCCGGCAGGCACACUGAGGAAGAAAAAGAUAUGCCACAACAAAGGAGAGGUUUGUUACAGAGACAUGAGCUACGGCUACACACAAGAAGACCUGCUCAUCGUUGGUGAUUUUGUCUUCCUACAGCAUGACAUGCUGAAUACUGGACUUUUUACUUGGUGUGCCAGAUUAAGAAUCCAGGAAGGCAUUGGGAGGUUCCUGGCAACGUUGAUUGUGAUUGCAGUAUCUCUCCCCAUCUCCCAUGGCAUAUGUAUGGGGCUGUCCUGUACCCCUGCCGAGUAUGAGGUGAAGGAGGAAUGCUGUCCUAUGUGCAAUCCAGGAUAUUAUGUGUAUAGGCACUGCACUGAGUACACCAGUACAACCUGUUCUCCAUGUCCCAUCCUUACCUACACUGAUCAUCACAAUGGCCUGGAGUCAUGCAGGAAGUGUACUGUUUGUGACACAAGUAUGUGCUGUUUAUUUAUCUGUAUGUUUGUUUUGAAUGUGUUCCUAGCAGACAGUACAAAGACAACAGGAAGCGGUGGACUAAGAGUGAAGAGGGAGUGUAGCCACAUUUCAGAUAGACUCUGUGAGCCUCUGGAAGGAUACUACUGCACUGAUCCAAUUAAAGAUGGCUGCCAAGGAGCUGUGGAACACACCAAGUGCACACCAGGACAGUUCAUCCAACAGAAUGGUACAUCCUACUCAGACACUGUGUGUCGUGACUGUGGUAAAAACACAUACUCAGAUGGAUCGUUCACAUUCUGCAAACCCCACACACAGUAA